AUGUGCGUGGAAGUGGUGCAGCAGCAUCAUGCUCCUCUUGCAUGUAAUUUGGACAUAUUCUGGCAUGUGUCAACCAGGGCAUCGUCGUGGCCGGACGCCUUGAGCAGUGUACAGCGCCCCAUGGGUUUUCAUUGCAGCCUUCGCGCGCGGGUCGGCGAGCGGAAAACAGGUGGCUUGCAGGGCUUACGCCGCCGUACCUUCGGCCGAACCGUCCUGGCCGUGUAUGUGAACCGGCCAAGCGGCAAGAACUUGGGGAUCCGGCCCAAGCCAGCAGAGUUCGGCAUCGAGACCAACGAUGAGCUCACCCGGGCCUUGCUGAAGUUGAGGAACCGGCGGAGUCCGCCAGAGCUGGCCCGGGAGCUGCUGGCGCAAGCUGCGGAAGGUCGGGUGGCGUGCAACGUGCUGCAUUACAAUGCCAGCAUUAGUGCCUGUGAACGGAGCAGCCAUUGGCAAGAUGCGCUGGACUUCUUUGAUGAAAUGGGCAGGCAAAAGAUGCAGCAGGACUGCUACUCCUUCAACAGUAUCAUCCACGCGCUCUCCUCAACGCAGUGGCAAGCAGCGUUGCGCCUGCUAGAUGACAUGCCACUGCCCGAACUUGGUGUCAGGAAGAGGCUGGAGCCCGACUACAUCACGUACAGCUCUUGCAUUCGGGCCUGUGAUCAAGGCAGCGCCUGGACGUCGGCCCUGGCCUUUCUGCGGGUGAUGCUGGAGGCAGGGACCUGCAACGCGGUGGCGUGCAGCGCCUGCAUCAGCGCCUGCGGCCGCGCGGGCGGAUGGCGCAAGGCCUUGGCCCUGCUGGCGACGAUGCAGGCGCGGGCGGUGCGAAGGGAUGUGGCGGUCUUCAACGCGGCGCUGAGCGCCUGCGAGCGCAACGGCGCCUGGCAGGCGGCGCUGGCCGUCUUUGAGGGCAUGGACACUAAGGAUGCCGUGACCUACAGCGCCAGUAUGACUGCCCUGGAGAAGGCCGAGAAGUGGCCGGAGGCUUUGGCUGUGCUGCAGGAGAUGAAGUGCCAGCGCUUGAAGCCCACAGUUGUGAGCUUUGGGGCUGCCAUGAGCGCCAGCGCCCGGGGCUCGCAGUGGCCGCUGGCGCUGUGCAUCUUGGAGGAGCUGCGCCGCAGCGGCUUCAAGCUCGGGCCAGCGCUCUGCUCAGGUCUGCUACAACACGGCUUUGCAAGCUUGCCGCGGCCGCUGGCAGCAGAUGCUGCCAUGCUGCAGGACAAGGUGGCGCCGGACGACUUCGCCAGCUCCGUGCUGCUGGCGGAGUGCGAGCAGCGCCGCUUAUCGGCCACCGAGGCGAGUGGUGGGGGCCGGCCGCGGCUGGUGGCAAGGGUGAAGUAG